AUGACACUCUGGGGCACCGACACAGUUCGCGAUGUCGCAGAGGCCGUUGGUAUUACCAACCUCAACAAGGAGGUGACUUCUGCUCUAUGCAGAGAUGUGGAGUUCCGUAUGAGUCUUGUUCUCGAGCAAGCAAUCAAGUUUAUGCGACACUCCCAACGGACUAUUCUCUGGUGCAGUGACAUUGCGCAGGCUCUACGGGUACUUGAUGUUGAACCUCUGUAUGGCUACGAAAGUACAAGACCGCUUAGAUAUGGGGAGGCUAGUAUUGGACCAGGUCAGCCGCUGUUCUACGUGGAAGAUGAGGAGAUGGAUUUCGAAAAGCUGAUUAAUGCACCUUUGCCGAAGGUGCCACGAGAGAUGAGCUUCACAGCACACUGGCUCGCUCUAGAAGGUGUCCAGCCUACCAUUCCACAGAAUCCUUCCGUCCUCACAAACACGACCGAUAAUAGAACGAUUGAUUCUCUAUUACCUAAGACUGGCACAGGUCCGAACCAAACCCUUGCCGCCAUGGCUGAUUCUGCCUCCGCAAGUACUACGAAACCACUUGUGAAACACGUUCUCUCGAAAGAAUUACAGCUUUACUUUCAGAAAGUCACCUCAUCAAUCCUCGACCCAGCGCAACCAGAAUACCGAGCCGCUGGAUUGACGUCCUUGCGAGAAGAUCCAGGUCUACACCAGCUGGUUCCAUACUUUGUACAAUUUGUUGCAGAAAAGGUCACACACAAUCUGCGAGAUCUCUUCCUACUUCGUCAGAUGAUGGAAUUGGUCGAUGCGCUUACGCGGAACGAUAACUUUAACCUUAGCCCUUAUGUCGCAAGCAUGAUCCCUCCAGUUCUGACCUGUUUAACAGGAAGAAACCUGGGACCUGGUGCAGGCGGAAAUGGAGCCACAAUCAACGGUACAGGCUCAAAUCCAAUGGAUCAUUUCGAGCUACGAGAUUUCUCAGCAGCACUCCUUCAGCGACUGUGCAGUAAAUACGGUCGUUUCUCCCACAACUUGAAACCUCGAUUGGCACGUUCUUGCUUGAAGACAUUCCUCGACCCACGAAAGACACUCGGAGCGCAUUAUGGGGCGAUCUUGGGUUUCAAGGCAGUGGGUGGUGGAGAAGUCGUGCGCAGCCUGGUUGUUCCAAAUUUGAAAGAAUAUGAAGAUGUCCUUCGAGGCCCCUUGAGUGGUGGUGAGGGUGAUCUGCAAAAGGCUGAAGCUGAAAUGGUGGUGAGAGCUAUCAUGCAGGCUCUUGCGACACUGAUCGACGACGACGUGCCCAUGAUGAAUGGACACGCUGAUGGCCAAUCGGAUACGAAAGAACGAGUGAUCACCAAGGUUGGCGAGGUGCUUGGGACAAGAGUUUCGGAAGAUGCAAGACUCACUCGAGCUGUUCUCGACACAUAA